GUGGUUAUAAAGUUACUUCGAUAACCUUAAAAUUUUCUGCUAAUGUACCAUGUGUCGGUAUAUUUGAGUAUGUUUAUGGUAUAUAAAUGAAUCAAAGUUGAAUAUUGAUUCUAAUGCAGUUCCCUUGAAUCGUUCAACGAUUCACCAAGAAGAAUUUUGGGAAAAAAUAACAUCUUCCUCAUUGUGUUCACAGUCGGAGUUUGGAAUAUUUUCUCACAAUCAGCUAUAUAAAAAGGAACUUUUGUUGAUAAAGGUUAGUGCAAUCAUAACAGUUCUUCCAGGAUGUCUUUCCGAGGUGGAGGAGGUGGUAGAGGCUUCGGAGGAGGUGGCAGAGGCUUCGGAGGAGGCGGCAGAGGUCGUGGAGGUGGAGGUAGGGGAGGCCGAGGAGGCUUCGGUGGCGGAGGUAGAAAUUUCGACCAAGGCCCCCCGGAGCGGGUUAUUUCGUUGGGAUACUACGAAAAGGCGGUGCAAGACGAUCUGGUUUGUAAGGUUGAAAUCGAGGAUGUUCCCUACUUCAACGCCCCUAUUUAUCUAGAGAAUAAGCAGCAGAUUGGGAAGAUCGAUGAAAUUUUCGGAAAUAUCAGGGACUAUUCCGUAACGAUAAGGUUGUCUGAUGAUGUUAAAGCUAGCAGUUUUCAGAAAAAUCAGAAGUUGUUUAUCGACCCGGCAAAACUUCUUCCCCUCCAAAGGUUCCUCCCGCAGCCUCCCGGUUCGGUUCAGAAAAGAGGCGGCAGGGGCGGUCGCGGAGGAGGCGGCCGAGGCGGCGGCGGUAGAGGAGGUUUCGGUGGCAGGGGAGGACGAGGUGGAGGAGGCGGCGGACGAGGAGGCUUCGGGGGUGGCAGAGGAGGUGGUUUUGGAGGCGGUGGACGCGGAGGUGGUUUCGGUGGCGGCGGACGCGGAGGUGGCGGCGAUAGGAGAAGCGGUGGAGGCGGAGGAUUUAACAGAAAUAGUGGCGGUGGAAGUUGGGGCGGGGGUGGUGGAGGUGGGGGUAAUAGGAACUGGUAGGGUUACGAUUAGGGAUAGUUUGAAAAUUUCUUACAUGUUCGCUUUAGCUGUAUUGGAGUUUUUUACAAGUUUUAAUAGGUACUCUUUGAGUUUGUAAUUUGCGAUACUUUUUAUUGCCUUUUGUUCAAUGAUUUGGAUUUUUUCAAAAUUGUUUUUUGGUAUGUUUCAUGCCAAAUGUAUCUGAAUGAUUUUCCUGUAUAUAUUUCCCAAUCGAAACCACUGUAACGAUAUACAAAAUUAAACUAUAGUUUUUUACA